GUCACAGCCCCGGCCUCGGCCCCGCCGCUCCCCGCCCGACCUCCCUCCCUAUCGGCCGCCCCACGGCCGCCGCCCCGCCGCCGCUGUCCUGCUGCUGCAACGCCGCCGCCUCCUUCUCCUCAUGAAACCCGUCGUCGUCUUCGUCCUCGGCGGGCCCGGGGCGGGCAAGGGGACGCAGUGCGCUCGUAUCGUGGAGAAAUACGGCUACACUCACCUUUCUGCCGGUGACCUGCUCCGGGACGAGCGGAAAAGGCCGGGCUCCCAGUAUGGAGAACUCAUUGAGAACUACAUUAAAGAGGGGGAGAUUGUGCCAGUUGAAAUAACAAUCAGCUUGCUGAAGAGGGCCAUGGAUCAAACAAUGGCUGCCAAUUCUCAGAAGAACAAGUUUUUGAUUGAUGGAUUUCCCAGGAAUGAAGAUAAUCUUCAAGGCUGGAAUAAGACUAUGGAUGGAAAAGCGGAUGUCUCCUUUGUUCUCUUUUUUGAUUGUGACAAUGAGAUCUGUAUCGGCCGCUGUCUCGAGAGAGGCAAGAGCAGCGGUAGGAGCGACGAUAACCGGGAGAGCCUGGAGAAGAGAAUUCAUACAUAUCUGCAGUCUACCAAGCCUAUCAUAGAUUUGUAUGAGAGAAUGGGAAAAGUCAGAAAAGUGGAUGCCUCCAAAUCUGUUGAUGAAGUUUUUGAAAAUGUUGUACAAAUUUUCGACAAAGAAGGCUAAUUCCCAGCUUGAAACUCCAUUUCAACUUGUGCUUGAAUCUUGCUUGAAUAGCUGCUACUGCAGUCCACUCUUUGUAAUUAUUUUAAAAGAUUUUUUAUUUUUUUUCACAUAUCUAAUGAUGAUUGGUAAAACAGUUGAUUAGAAAUGGAUCUGUUUUUUAAAUAGGAAAUCAUUUCUUGUGGCUAUAGUAUACAAGUUUCAGGGUUCUCCAUUAGUGCAAGUUCAGUUACUCACAUGGCAGAAACACAGUUAAUACAUCUUUCUGAACAAACUGUUUAUUCUGUCACAGUUCUGUGCCUGUCGUGGGCAGUCCUUCUUCUUCCUUAUUGCUUCCCUUAUAUAAAAAGAAAGUACACCUACUUUCUUUUUAAAGAUCAACUGAACAGCAGCAUUAAUCAAUGAAGGACCCAUAAACCUUGGGUUUUUUGGAUUCUUGGACCAAAUUUAGCAGGUUUUUUUUUAAGUAUAAUUUUGCCCCAAAUUCCCUUAUAUCCCCAGACCUGAAUUCUCUAAGUCAAGCUACAGUUAGUGUGAGAAUCUGUUUUAGCAGUUGUCAAAAAACGAUGAAAUAUGCUUUUCAGGAACAGACAUACAAAGUACUUUAUGAAAAGUGGUGCUUCCUUAUGACUCUGGAUGUAAACUGUCUUGCAGGUUUUUGGAUGACAUGACCCUGGAUUUUUCCUUGUUUUAAUUUGCAAAAGGUUAAGAAAGUCAGUUUAACAUUUCAAUACUCAUUUAUCUUAAAUGAUAGUUAUGUUCUUAACUACAGCAUAGUCUUCACAAGAUGGCAAAGUUCUUUAAAAGUAUACAGUAGGCAAAAUCUGACAGUUCUGUCUUUUGUAACAAGUGGAAGGGUUCUUCUUUAUUAUUAUUGAAAUACUGUGUUACCAAAUGCUUUAAGGUUUGUUACCUGAGGAAAUAUUUUUAUGGUUAAACUAGUGAAUAUGUUUCCCUAAAAAUGUGUAAUUUUAAUAGCUGUUUGUUUGAGAAGUUUGUAAGUUAUUGCACUUUUGUUACAAUGUGGUCAGCUGAGGGGAAGAUAAUUGCUGAAAAAAAGUUUAAUUCCCUGAAACAGAGUCCUGCUUCCCCAUGUUCUCUUGAAUAAUCCAAGUGCAGUCAGCAGGAGGAGCUGGGGUGAGCAGGGAACUGGUUGAAACAACCUGGUGGAAGCGUUUGCACAGAUGUGGUGCAAUUUUGUCUUUUGUUUAAGCUUUCCUGUCCCCUAUAUAGUAUGCAUAGGUCUGGAGGGGCCCAACCAUGCAUUCCUUUUGUGCCCUAAGCUUCCACUGAUGGCAUGAAGAUGAGAGUGUUAACUGAUUUUAGUGCUAGAGUGGUUGUUCCUACAUUAACUGACACUCUAAUUGCUUUGUGACAUGCUAAUUACACAGAAUUGCAAUUUGGAAAUCUCGAUGCUCAGCUUUUCUUUAGCCAUUACUUUCUCUAUUUAGGAGAAGGUUUAAAUUAAGCUUAGUUUUUAAUUAGAAUCAGAUGUAUUGGUCCUCAUCUUGCAGUCAGAUUUGUAUUUUCAGGAAUUCUCACCUCGCUGAGGUUGUUGAGGCUCCUGGACUGGGCAAGAGAUGGGUGCAGAACCAAGGGUAAACUGCAGUAGCUUUUCCAGUCUGGUAGGAGUUCAGGCAAUGGAAUGGCCACAAAUAGCUGUUUACUACUGCUGAAUAUAUGGACCAUGACUGCUUUUGUGAGUGUGGGGGGCCAAUGCUCCCACUUUAUGAAUUUCUUGUUUAAAAAAAUAAAAGAAGAAAACCUGUUAGUGUGGGAGGCCAGUGCUCUCACUUUAUGAAUUUCUCAUUAAAAAAAAUAAAAGAAGAAAACCUGGAAUUUAACUCUUCCUGUAUAAGUAUACUGACAUGGAUAAGAUCCAGCAAAACUGCACGUUUUAAUAUGAAGGUUAGAAUCAGGGUUUUUCAAAUACUUCCAACUGGGUUCUUUAAUCCAAUUAGAGAGAUUUCAUUAACUCUUGCUUCUAAGUUACUGCUUUUUACAAGUUCUGUUCAGAAUUUUCUCUCAUCAUACACUUUUCUGUGUAUUUAAGUGCUGAAACAAAAAGACCCCAACCUCUGAAGCAAGUUUUAGAAAAACUCCCAACAAUGUUUUGAAUUGAAUUUGGAGUGGAUUGUAAUCUGUCUGUGCAAGGACUAGAUUUUUUUGUCAUUUUAUUUAUUGAAGAUGCCAUUAAAUGUGUUACCACUUCUUUCAAGAUGGACUUACGAUUGAAAUAAAAAUUAAAGGCAAUAUGUGAAUGUGUUUGUCCAUUUAGCAGCAAAACUGUAUAAAGAAUUUGAGGAGAUCCAAUAAACUUUGUUCUGUGGCUUAA